AUGUCUUCGAACUAUGGAGUAACCCCAAGCCCCGGUCAGUCACCACAGAUUCUCAACGAAGAUAUGAGUGAUGACUGGGAGAUUAUUACAACGGAUAAUACAGCCAAGGAAGCUUUCUAUAACUUGGAUAACCUGCCCCUAUUUCAUCAACAGAUAAGCCCUCCUGUGCCAGCAAGGCAGCCUCGAGAAAUGAACACUCCAACCCUCGCAUCGACUCCAGUCAACGUCCAAAGCAAGUCUCAUCGUUCUCCACUACGAGCCUCGAACUGCAAUAAGACACUAGGGAAGCGGCCAUCAGCAUCCACCCAGCCAUCCAGUGGCGUGAAAAAGCCAGCAAAGAAGAAGCGGACGCUAGAGAACGGGAAAUAUGAAUGCGAACAGUGUGGAAGGCAGUUUACACGGAAUUCAAAUUGCAGAUCACACAUGAAGAUACACGAUCCCAACCGAAGAUACCCUCACAAGUGCACAAUCGAUGAGUGCACCAAUAAGUUUAGCCGCAAAACUGAUCUUAUUCGACAUGUUGAUAGUGUGCAUAAAAAGUUGAAGCGGUUUGGUUGUGACCAGUGUGGACAUCGUUUUGCUCGACAGGACACAUUACAACGACAUCGUGAGGAUGGCUGUCGAAGGCAACAACAGCACCGACUAGAACAGCAGCAGCGACAACAGCAAAUAGAGAUGAUGCAAGAUAUCCAGCAGCAGCAGGAGCUAGCUGACCCUGUUGCUCAACCUGAACUAGGUGGUGGCCAGACAUACCCCAUGACAUCGAUAACUUACCGUGAACCAGUAUCGGCAUACACCACGCACCCACAACUUCACCCAGGGCUUGUCCAGCCGUACCUUGACACCAGUAACGAAACCUUCCACGAUUACAUAUGA